AAAACGUCCAUUUCGUCGACAGGCAUUAUUAUAGACAGCUAAGUAGGGGGCUCUUGAAAGGACCCAAACAGCAGUAACCGGAAAUUUUGAGAGCAUGAAGUAAACAUUGGCGAUAACACUUGAAAUAUCUGAUUUCCAGCUCUUUCAGACUCCUCAGAGCGGUUAAAAUGAACAACAUGUCCCCUGAGGUCGCCCUGCACCGGAUCUCUCCUGAGCUUCGGCCCUUGCUGUGCAGCGUUGUGCGGAACGGCCGUGUAGGGCUCGACUCCACAAACUGUCUCCGUGUCACAGACCUCAAAACUGGAUGUACAUCUCUGACCCCUGGUCCCUGCUGCGAUCGCUUUAAACUUCACAUCCCCUAUGCUGGAGAAACACUGAAAUGGGAUAUCAUAUUCAAUGCACAGUAUCCAGAAUUGCCACCAGAUUUUAUUUUUGGAGAAGAUGCUGAGUUUCUCCCUGAGCCCUCAGAGCUACCGCACUUGGUCCAGUGGGAUGCUGGGAACCCAGAAUGUUUGCUCCAGCUGGUGAAGGAGCUUAUCCAGCAGUACCACUACUACCAGUGCCAGCGUCUGAGAGAAAGCUCCAGGCUGCUCUUUGAGUACGAUAGCCUGCUGGAGGAUCCCAACUAUGGCCGGAACAUGGAGAUUUAUGCAGGGCGCAAGAACAGCUGGACGGGAGAGUUUUCAGCACGUUUCCUUCUCAAACUCCCUGUGGACUUCAACAACAUCCCUGUCUAUCUGCUUAAGGACACUGCGCUGGAUCCUGGAGAGGACGUAGCCCUUCUCUCAGUGAGCUUUGAGGAUGCUGAGGCUACCCAAGUCUUCCCUAAACUCUACCUUUCCCCCAGUAUUGAACAUGCACUGGGAGGCUCCUCAGCACUUCAUAUCCCAGCAUUCCCCAGUGGUGGAUGCCUAAUUGACUAUGUCCCUCAAGUGUGCCAGUUACUCACCAACAAGGUGCAGUAUGUGAUCCAAGGCUAUCACAAGAGGAGAGAGUACAUCGCUGCUUUCCUCAGCCACUUUGGAACGGGCGUAGUGGAGUAUGAUGCAGAGGGAUUCACAAAACUCACACUUCUGCUCAUGUGGAAGGACUUUUGCUUCCUAGUACAUGUGGAUCUCCCGCUGUACUUCCCCAGGGACCAGCCCACCCUCACCUUCCAAUCUGUGUACCACUUUACCAACAGCGGUCAGCUCUACUCUCAGGUGCAGAAGUCGUAUCCCUACAGCCCUCGCUGGGAUGGCAAUGAGAUGGCUAAGAGGGCCAAGGCAUACUUCAAGAGCUUUAUCCCUCAGUUCCAAGAGGGAGCGUUUGCCAACGGGAAACUCUAGUACCCUCUAGCUUAAUUAAACGCCUGGAGAGUUGCCUAUGGGAGCGUGUCUGUGAAUGUGUGUUUUUUUGUUUAUACCAGUGUGUACCUGUAUAUGAUUAUGCACAGACUUACAUUUGUGAUAUGUACUGUACUAUCAGUACAGUGAGAAUGGCAGUGUGCUUGCACACCGACUCUGUGAAUUCCACAGUUUGCCCUUGAAAUGGUUGUCUCAUAGUACAUUCACUUUAUACCUGAAAAGCCACUCUGGUGUAGUUUAGAACACUGGCACUGCAAUACGCUACAGCUAAAACUCCAUACAGCAAAACUCUCACAAAAUAGCUGGAAUGAGCACAAACUCUGAAACACAAGAUUUCUGCUGUUUAUGCACACAGCUGAUGUGAUGAUUAAGUUCCUCCACGUCUGCAAAGGAUGAUGUGAAACAUUGUGCUCAUGUCACGUAGUUUUGUGUGAGCAAGAUGAAAUGAUGAUUGCUUCUCAGUUGUUGCCUGCUCACAGUUAAAGGCCUUUAAUUUUGAAGAGAAACUUUGACAGGAAGGCGAUGACAACCUGUUCAAUUUGACAGUCUCAGCUAAAAACAAAUGUAUAUCGUUAAAUGUUUUGUUCAAACCAGAGUUUUGGGCUCACACCACUCCAUCCAGAGCUGCAAUGCUAUGAACAGAAAUUUGUUGAUAUGUAAACAAGAUGUAAAUUAUUCACAUAGAGCUGUAGGGAUGAUGCAAAACACCUUCGUUAACUGUUCGUUUUUUUUUUUGUCAGACACAAGUUGGCUCCUCUUUCGAUGUUAAAAUGAUCUACAGCUAAUUUUGCCUUUUAAUUGUAUGUUCUAUUUGACUGUUAAAAGCCUUGUGAAGUCUUUUGCUGACAUGUUGACUGUAAGUUGGAAUAUGUUUUGUCAAAAUUUCUACACAGUAAAAAAGUCUGUUUCCCAUGA